AAUUUUUUAUUGUAAAAUGAACCGUUGAACGCGUGGGACGCUGUUGAAAUUUUGCUGCGUUGACGUCGCGUUCCGUGUGUGCAAAUCAUAGUUAUAAAUAAAAGUGUUAACAUGCUGCUGCUGGCAAUGCAAUAAGAAUUUGGAAUUUUCAACGCUGCCAGCUACAACAAAAAAAAAACUACAACCAAAACAGCGAGGUCCACUGCGCAACGUGUAAGUUGAAUAAUUUCUCAAGGUCUUUGGAUUGCGUAUUAACGUAAAAGAAGGGAGAGCCAACGCAAACUGGUUGCUGGGGCAUGAGCUGGCCAAGUGGUGGGCACUGGACUUGGUUUUGGUUGUCAGCUCAAUGGAACAGUCAACAACAACGCGCGUAAGAGGAUGCUGCAGCCACAAGAGGAGAAACUAGUUAAGCAAGUGCACGUCUCUGCCUAGCAUGAGAGACAGAGAGAGAGCGCGACAGAGAGAGAAAGAGAGACCACGCAAUUAGCAGCAAUACAGCUUCAUAUAUGUGCCAAGCAACAACAACAACAAUUCACAAAAGCAACUAAAGCCGCACGUAAGAGAGUAAGAGACGCAGCUCAGUUAUUUUAAAAGCGUGUGUCAAAUGAUAAGUCUGAUAAAUACAUAAACUUAGGGCAAACAUAUCGCUAAAACUAAAAUUGAAACUGCAAAAAGUUAACACACACUAACACACAGACAAAAGCUGUUAGCUAUCAGCCAAGCCGACUGACAAAUCAAAUUUGUCAACAAUAAAUUAAAUACUAUUUAAACAAAUUUCACACACAAGUUAACAUGACGCUCUUAAGCUUCACACGCAAAAUGCGCGGACGCAUGCGCUCCAACACUUGCCGCAUUGUCCUGCUCACCUCGCUGGUCUGGGCCAUCUUUGACUUUGUGCUCAUAGCUCACUAUUCGGACUGCAUAGGCAAGGAUGGCUGGCGUUGUCGGCGUGCCGGCGAAUAUGAUCUUGAUAUGCCCAAUGCGGAGCGUUUGGUGGACGAUAAUCAGCUGGUGGAUGACAAUGAAAUUAAUACCGAAAAAUCAUUGGAUACUGGCGAUGGCGGCGGCGGCAUUGCGCCUAUAAUGGGUCAAGGCUUUGCAUCCGGCGGCAUUUCCAUGACCUAUCGCAGCCUGGUGCUGAAGAAAUGGUUCCAAGCGCCCACAGUGCGCGAGUCGAAGGGCAAACCCGGCGAAAUGGGCAAGCCUGUUAAAAUACCCGCCGACAUGAAGGAGGUAAUGAAGGAGAAAUUCAAGGAAAAUCAAUUCAAUUUACUGGCCAGUGAUAUGAUCUCGCUAAAUCGCUCGCUCACAGAUGUGCGACAUGAAAACUGUCGACACAAGCACUAUCCUUCGAAGCUGCCCACGACCUCGAUAGUGAUUGUGUUCCAUAACGAGGCCUGGACAACGCUGCUGCGCACAGUUUGGAGCGUUAUCAAUCGCUCGCCACGCUCGUUGCUAAAGGAAAUUAUAUUGGUGGACGAUGCCAGCGAGCGAGAUUUUCUUGGCAAGCAGCUGGAGGACUAUGUGGCCAAGUUGCCCGUACGCACAUUUGUGCUGCGCACAGAGAAACGUUCGGGCCUGAUACGCGCUCGUCUGCUCGGCGCUGAGCAUGUCAGUGGUGAGGUCAUAACCUUUCUGGAUGCGCAUUGCGAAUGCACUGAGGGCUGGCUGGAGCCGCUUUUGGCUCGAAUUGUGCAAAAUCGUCGCACUGUGGUGUGUCCCAUUAUCGAUGUCAUCUCAGAUGAGACCUUUGAGUAUAUAACCGCCUCGGAUUCAACAUGGGGUGGCUUCAACUGGAAGCUCAACUUUAGAUGGUAUCGCGUGCCGCAGCGUGAGAUGGCGAGACGUAAUAAUGAUCGCACAGCUCCACUGCGUACUCCGACUAUGGCUGGUGGUCUGUUUUCGAUAGACAAGGAUUACUUCUAUGAGAUUGGCUCCUAUGAUGAGGGCAUGGACAUUUGGGGCGGCGAGAAUUUGGAAAUGUCAUUCCGUAUAUGGCAAUGCGGCGGCAUUUUAGAAAUUAUACCCUGCUCGCAUGUGGGCCACGUGUUCCGUGACAAAUCGCCGUACACAUUCCCGGGCGGUGUGGCCAAAAUUGUGCUGCAUAAUGCGGCGCGUGUGGCCGAGGUUUGGCUGGACGAGUGGCGUGAUUUCUAUUAUGCAAUGAGCACAGGCGCUCGCAAGGCUUCAGCGGGCGAUGUAAGCGAUCGCAAAUCGCUGCGAGAUCGUUUGAAAUGCAAAAGCUUCCGCUGGUAUCUGGAGAAUGUUUAUCCGGAGAGCUUAAUGCCGCUGGAUUAUUAUUAUCUGGGCGAGAUACGCAAUGCCGAAACUGAAACCUGCUUGGACACCAUGGGUCGCAAAUAUAAUGAAAAAGUUGGCAUUAGCUACUGUCAUGGCCUGGGCGGCAAUCAAGUGUUUGCCUAUACCAAACGACAACAGAUUAUGUCGGAUGAUCUUUGCCUGGAUGCAGCCAGUUCGAAUGGACCAGUUAAUAUGGUGCGUUGUCAUAAUAUGGGCGGCAAUCAGGAAUGGGUCUAUGAUGCAGAGGAGAAAUGGAUACGACAUACGAAUACUGGGCAGUGCUUGCAACGUGCCACACGAGAUGAUGCCAGCACGCCGCUGCUGCGACCUUGCGACUAUAGCAAGGGACAGCAAUGGCUAAUGGAGUCGAAAUUCAAGUGGCAGGCGCACUAG